UAAAGCUGUCAUUUGAAGAGUUUGAUCUGGAGAGAGGCUAUGACACGCUGACUGUGGGAGACGGUGGAAAGAUAGGGGACACUCGGAGGGUACUCUAUGUACUUACUGGUACCAGCGUCCCUGAUCUCAUCGUGAGCUUGUCGAAUCAGAUGUGGCUACACCUGCAGUCAGAUGACACAAUCGGCUCUGCAGGGUUCAAGGCUAUCUAUGAAGAAAUUGACAGGGGAGGUUGUGGCGAUCCCGGGGUGCCUGCGUUUGGUCGUCGUAGCGGCGAUCGCUUUCAGCACGGUGAUGUGUUGACCUUCUUUUGCCAGUCGGCUUUUGAGCUCGUGGGAGAAAAAACCAUCACGUGCCAGCACAAUAACCAGUGGUCUGGAAACAAACCCAGUUGUGUGUUUUCUUGUUUCUUCAACUUCACGGCUCCGUCAGGGACAGUGCUGUCCCCAAACUACCCAGAAGAGUAUGGUAACAACUUAAACUGCGUGUGGUUGAUAAUUUCUGAGCCAGGCAGCCGGAUACAUCUCUUCUUCUCCGACUUUGACCUGGAACCGCAGUUUGAUUGGCUGGUGGUUAAAGACGAAGGUCUUUCUGAGGCCACAACAUUUGGGACCUUCUCAGGGAAAGACGUCCCAUCACAGAUUGCAUCGAAUGGACAUAUUAUGAGACUGGAAUUCCAGUCUGACCAUUCCAAUACUGGGAAAGGCUUUAAUAUCAGCUAUACAACAUUUGGUCAGAAUGAGUGUCAUGACCCGGGUGUUCCAGUCAAUGGACAACGGUACGGUGACCAGUUUCAGCUUGGUGGCUCCGUGGCUUUUCGUUGUGAUCAAGGAUUCAUUAGGACACAGGGGUCGGACCAGGUCACUUGUAUCAUUCAGGAUGGGAAUGUGGUUUGGUCUGCCGCCGUUCCUCGAUGUGAAGCUCCCUGUGGAGGCCAUCUCACAGCCCCUACUGGCGUUGUUCUGUCUCCUGGUUGGCCAUCCUUUUAUAAGGACUCUCUCAACUGCCAGUGGGUCAUUGAGGCACAAAAAGACCAUGCUGUAAAAAUACACUUUGACAAGUUCCAGACAGAGGUCAACUAUGACACACUGGAAAUCAGAGACGGCCCGUCGGCCUCCUCCCCGCUGAUCGGCGAAUACCACGGCACCCAAGCGCCUCAUUUCCUGAUUUCCACAUCCAACUUCCUGUUCCUGUUAUUUACUACCGACAAUAGCCGCUCCUCAGCGGGUUUCAGCAUCAGAUAUGAAAGUGUGAAGAUGGAGUCAGACUCAUGCCUUGACCCCGGUAUCCCAGUCAACGGUCGUCGCCAUGGCAGUAGCUUUUCCAUUGGCUCCCAUGUCUCAUUUACAUGCAACCCUGGAUACACGCUCAGUGAUCAAGAGCCAAUUGUUUGUGAGCAGAAUCACCAAUGGAGUCAUGCUCUUCCCAGCUGUGAUGCUCUUUGUGGAGGCUAUGUUUUUGGCAAAACUGGGACAAUUCUCUCUCCUGGCUUUCCUGAUUUCUACCCUAACUCUCUUAACUGCACCUGGACUAUAGAGGUGUCACACGGGAGAGGAGUCCAUCUGGUUUUCCAUACUUUCCAUCUAGAGGAGAACCAUGACUACCUGUCCAUCAUUGAAGAUAGCAACUUCCAAGCUCCGGUAGCUCGGCUCACCGGCUCAGUGCUUCCGCCAAGUGUUAAAGCUGGACUCUACGGAAACUUCACAGUGCAGCUGCGAUUCAUAUCAGAUUUUUCGAUGAGUUACGAAGGAUUCAAUAUAACCUUUUCAGAAUACGACUUAGAGCCCUGUGAGGAUCCCGGUGUGCCGGCAUUCAGCAGGAGGAUGGGAUUUCGAUUUGGAGUCGGCGACUCGCUUGCCUUCUCUUGUUUCCACGGCUACAGACUUGAGGGAGACAGUAAGAUCACUUGUCUCGGAGGUGGCAGGAGAGUGUGGAGCAACACACUGCCGCGGUGUAUAGCGGAGUGUGGAGCUUCCACACUAGGACCAGAAGGUGUUCUACUCUCUCCAAAUUUCCCCUCCAGCUAUGAUAACAACCAUGAGUGCAUCUACCGCAUCACUACUGAAAAGGGCAAAGGAAUCAGGCUGAAAGCUGAGAGCUUCUCUUUGCAAGAUGGAGACUAUCUAAAGGUGUAUGAUGGAGAGAACACUUCAUCCCGUCUUCUCGGCAACUUUACACUUGAUGGAAUGACGGGUCGUGUCAUCAACAGUACAUCAAAUCACUUAUGGCUGGAGUUCAACAGCAAUGCCUCCGGAACGGAUCAGGGCUUCCGUCUCACUUACACAAGUUUUGACCUGAUUCGCUGUGAGGAGCCCGGAGUUCCCAGUUACGGCUAUAAGAUCCAGGACGAUGGUCAUUAUGCCAACACGUUUGUCCUGUACUCCUGCAACCCCGGGUAUACGCUUCAUGGCAGCAGUACGCUUACCUGUCUGAGUGGAGAUAGGCGUGUCUGGGACAAACCGCUUCCUUCCUGUAUUGCGGAGUGUGGAGGUCACAUAACCGGGGCGGUGUCUGGACGGAUUCUAUCCCCUGGAUAUCCCGCUCCGUAUGACAACAACCUCCACUGCACCUGGACUAUAGAGGCGGACACUGGCAAGACUAUCAGCCUCCACUUCAUUGUCUUUGACACGGAGGUCGGUCACGACAUUCUGAGAGUUUGGGACGGUCCGUCUGGGCCUUCAGAUGGUGGGAUCCUGCUGAAAGAAUGGUCUGGCCCAGCCUUACCUGAAGAUAUCCACUCGACUUUCAACAUCCUCACUCUGCAGUUUGAUGCUGAUUAUUUUAUCAGCAAGCAAGGAUUUUCUAUACAAUUCUCCACCACAACAGCAACGUCCUGCAACGACCCCGGCAUCCCUGUAAACGGUUCUCGGUACGGAGACAGUAAGGAGCCAGGUGACAGCAUGACGUUCCAGUGUGACCCAGGCUAUCAGCUGCAAGGCCAAGACACCAUCACAUGUGUGCAGAUGGAUAACAGGUUCUUCUGGCAACCGGAUCCCCCAACUUGUAUGGCAACCUGCGGCGGUAACGUCAGUGGUUCUUCAGGUGUGAUUCUGUCUCCAAACUACCCCCAGCCUUACCCCCCUGGGAAAGAGUGCGACUGGAGAAUCAGAGUUAAUCCCGACUUUGUCAUUGCCCUUAUCUUCAAAAGUUUCAACAUGGAGCCAAGUUAUGACUUCCUGCACAUCUAUGAGGGUGAAGACUCGAAUGGGCCCCUCCUCGCAAGUCUUCAAGGCAACCAGGCCCCCGAACGCAUAGAAAGCAGUGCGAACAGCCUUUUCCUGGCAUUCAGAUCUGAUGCAUCGCUAGGAAUGUCUGGAUUUGCCAUUGAAUAUAGAGAGAAACCAAGAGAGGCCUGUUUUGACCCCGGUAACAUCAUGAAUGCCAGUCGGACAGGCUAUGACUACAAACUAGGAUCUCAGGUUUUCUACAGCUGUCACCAUGGGUACACAAUAGUGGGCAGUGAAACCAUUACGUGUGUCAUGGGGCAUGAUGGGAAACCAGUGUGGGACAAGGCCUUACCAUCAUGUAAAGCUCCGUGUGGGGGACACUAUGGUGGAUCAGAGGGUGUUGUUUUGUCCCCAAACUAUCCUUUAAACUACACUGCAAGACAGUUGUGUUCCUAUUACAUCACUGUUUCUCCACAGUUUGUGGUCUUUGGUCAAUUUGCUGUUUUCCAGACUGCAAUGAAUGACUCAGUGGAGCUGUUCGAUGGACCCAAUGAUAAUGCUCGACUGCUCAGCUCCCUGGCUGGAUCCCAUUCAGGAGAGACGUUGCCACUGGCAACAUCCAAUCAGAUCAUGCUUCGGUUCAAUUCCAAGAGUGGCCAAUCAGCUAAAGGCUUUCAUUUCGUUUACCAAGCUGUGCCUCGAACAAGUGACAGUCAAUGCAGCUCUGUGCCAGAGCCUCGGUAUGGCAGACGAAUUGGCUCAGAGUUCUCAGCAGGCUCCGUUGUCCGUUUCGAGUGCAGUCCUGGCUAUCUGUUGAAAGGAUCCAGUGCAAUUCGAUGUCAGGCUGUACCAGGUGCCCUUGCACAGUGGAAUGCAUCGACCCCCACGUGCAUAGUUCCCUGCAGUGGCAAUUUGACUGAACGCCGCGGUACAAUAUUGUCUCCUGGCUAUCCCGAACCUUACCCAAAUGCGCUAAACUGUCUGUGGAGGAUCCAUGUCAGUGAAGGAGCUGGAAUACAGAUCCAAGUUAUGACGUUUGCGACUGAGCACAACUGGGACUCUCUAGAUAUCUAUGAUGGAGGGGACAUGACAGCUCCAAAACUGGGAUCCUUCUCAGGAACAACAGCUCCUGCUCUCCUCAACUCAACAUCCAAUCAGCUGCUUCUGCGCUUUCAGAGUGACAUCAGUGUGGUGGCAGCAGGCUUUCACCUGGAAUACAAGACGGUCGGGCUCACCACUUGUCCUGAACCAAUGAUCCCAGCAAACAGCAUUAAAACAGGAGACAGAUAUAUGGUUAAUGAGGUGGUAGCCUUCAGCUGUGAACCUGGUUACACACUGCAGGGCCGUUCACACAUUUCCUGCAUGCCUGGGACUGUGCGUCGUUGGAACUACCCACCACCUCUUUGCAUAGCACGCUGCGGUGGGGUCCUGUCUGAGAUGAGUGGUGUCAUCCUCAGUCCAGGUUUUCCUGGCAACUAUCCUGGCAACCUGGACUGCACCUGGCAAAUCACCCUGCCAGCUGGAUAUGGAGCCCAUAUUCAGUUCCAAAACUUCUCCUCAGAGGACAACCAUGACUUUCUUGAAGUUCGUGCUGGACCUCAGCACAGCUCUGCUCUCAUUGGUCAGUUCACGGGCUCACAGAUUCCACCACCACUGAUGAGCACUACACACUUGACAAUCAUCCACUUCUAUAGUGACCACUCAGAGAACAGACCGGGGUUCAGACUGACCUACCAGGCUUAUCAGCUUCAGAACUGCCAGGAUCCUUCUCCCUUCCCAAAUGGUGACAUUAUCAAAAGUGACUUCAGCGCCGGCCAAUCAAUAACUUUUCAGUGCUACUCUGGCUAUGUUUUGAUCGGACACAAGGUGCUAACGUGUCUCCAUGGGACAAAUCGUAAAUGGAAUCACCCAUUUCCCCGUUGUGAGGCUCCUUGUGGAUAUAAUGUGACAGCUGAGAAUGGGACCAUCUAUUCACCUCAGUACCCCAAUGAAUACCCCAACUCUCAAGACUGCAGCUGGCUCAUCAGCGUUCCCCAUGGCCACGGGGUUUACAUCAACUUUACUUUACUGCAGACAGAGCCUGUCACGGAUUAUAUUGCUGUCUGGGAUGGUCCUGAUACAGCUAGCCCCCAACUGGGAGUCUUCAGUGGCAACACUGCAUUAGAGUCUGCUUAUAGUUCCAGCUCAAAGGUCUUGAUUCGCUUUCACUCUGACUUCUCUACUGGAGGAUUCUUCAUCCUUAACUUCCAUGCCUAUCGUCUGAAGAAAUGCCCACCUCCUCCCAUUGUGGAGAAUGCAGAGGUGAUCUAUGAGGACGAAGACUUUCACAUAGGUGAUAUUGUAAAGUAUCGGUGCUUACCCGGAUAUACACUUGUUGGAAAAGCAGAGCUGAUGUGUAAACUUAAUUCCCACUUGCUUUUUGAAGCUCCACCACCAAAAUGUCAAGCUCAGUGCCCAGCGAAUGAGGAGCGGUUUUCAUCAUCAGGAGUCAUACUAAGUCCUGGUUUUCCUGGCAACUAUCCCAACAGCCAAACUUGCUCCUGGCUUCUUCGCAUGAUUCCAGGUUACACCAUAAAUAUCUAUGUAGAGAUGUUCCACAGUGAGAAGCAGUUUGAUGAACUGGAGAUUUUUGAUGGAUCCUCAGGACAAAGCCCUUUGCUUGUUGCUCUGAGUGGUAACCAUUCCUCUCAGCUGAACUUCACAUCUAAAACAAACCAGCUCUAUCUACGAUGGUCUACUGACCAUGCGACAAACAAGAGGGGGUUCAAGAUACGAUACUCAGCUACUUAUUGCAGCAUUAAUGAUCCCCCACUAAACGGUGGUGUGGUUAACCGAACCAAACUCCAUCCAGGUAGCAGACUUCAAUUCUUUUGUAAUCGUGGCUACCGCCUGGUAGGCUUAAGCAACGCCACUUGCAGGCUUGAUUCCAGUGGGCUUUACCAAUGGGACACACCUGCUCCUGUUUGUCAAGGGGUUUCAUGUGGAAUACCUCAGACUCCAGGCAACGGCAGUUUCCAUGCAUACCAUUAUAAUGUUGGUAGCCAGGUCACCUAUCAGUGUAAUUAUGGCUACCAUCUUGACCCUGCUGUUCCAAUGACAGCUGUGUGUUUGGAGGAUGGCAGCUGGAGUAACACUGGUUCUGUUCCCCGCUGCUUGCCUGUGCACUGUCCCACCAUUGAAGGUGUCAUGUCAGAUCACAUGACUUAUCGCCUGCUCACUGGUAGGCUGGGAGAGUUUGGUUCCACUGUGAUGCUAGAGUGCUCAACAGGGUUUUAUUUGGGUGUUGGGCAUCGAACUCUGCGCUGUCUCGCUAAUGGGACCUGGGAGGGAUCAGAUGAUCCAGCUACUUGCAAGAUCAUCUCUUGUGGCGAGCUUCCUACUCCACCCUUUGGUACCAAACUGGGCACACUGACUACAUUUGGAGCAACUGCCAUCUUUAUGUGUAACCAUGGAUACACACUGGUGGGGUCACAUGUGAGGGAAUGUGGCGCUGAUGGGCUGUGGAGUGGUGCAGAAACAAGAUGUUUAGCUGGUCACUGUGAUUCUCCAGAUCCUAUCGUCAAUGGUCACAUUAGCGGAGACGGCUCAAGUUACCGUGACACUGUGGUGUACCAGUGCAUGUUAGGAUACAGACUGAUUGGCACAUCUGUCAGAAUCUGCCAGCAAGACCACCGGUGGUCUGGAACAACGCCUGUCUGUGUCCCUAUCACUUGUGGUCACCCAGGGAACCCAGCCAAUGGGCAAACCAACGGCAGCGAGUUCAACCUCAAUGACGUUGUCAACUUCACCUGCAAUAAAGGUUACCUCCUCAGUGGGAAUGCCCGCGCUCAGUGCCGACUCAACGGACAGUGGAGCAACCCCUUACCUGUCUGCAAAGUGGUGAACUGUUCGGACCCUGGCCACGUGGAGAAUGGUGUGCGGCAGUCCGGUCUGCGUUACCCAGAAAUCUUCAGCUACGGCGUAACUGUGGUGAUCCACUGCAAGAGAGGCUUUUACCUUCUGGGCUCUGCAGUCCUCACGUGUCAGCACAAUGGGCUUUGGGACCGACCAACACCUCGUUGUUUAGCUAUUUCCUGUGGUGAUCCAGGUGUACCACCUAAUGCAGUAGUCUCUGGAACCCACAGUUGGACAUACGGUUCAGUGCUGCAGUACUCCUGUUUGCCUGGUGGGAUUCUAGUGGGCAAUUCUACUCGAUACUGCCAAGAAGAUGGCACUUGGAGCGGAGCACCACCCUACUGCACAGGUUCUAGUGCCGGAUUAUGUGGAGACCCUGGGAUCCCACCACAUGGCACCCGACUGGGAGGGGAGGAAUUUAAGACCAAGAGCCUUCUGCGUUUUAGCUGCGAGGCCGGGUACAAUCUGAUUGGCUCAGCUGAGAGGACCUGUCUUCACAACAGCAGCUGGAGUGGUACACAGCCCGUGUGUCAAGCUGUAUCCUGCGGUAACCCUGGCACCCCUGCCCAUGGAAGGAUUGUGUUCAGCGACGGCAUCACCUUUGGCAGCUCGGUGACUUACGCGUGUUGGGAAGGGUUCAAAACGUCGGGCCUGACCACCAGGCACUGCACAACGAAUGGGACGUGGACGGGUCAGCCCCCAGAUUGCACUGUGAUCAGUUGCGGAGACCCUGGGCCUAUAGCUGACGGCAUCUAUUUGGGAAGAGAGUUUACCUUCAACCACACAGUGGCCUAUCACUGUAACCCUGGCCACUUGACGGAACCAGCUGGACGCAGCGUUCUGAGCUGCACCAAAGAUGGAACCUGGAACCAAACCAAACCCAGCUGCAAAGCGAUCCAGUGUGGCCAUCCCCCCCAAGUGCUUAAUGGAAAAGUUGAAGGGACUGAUAAUUCCUGGGGAUCGAGUGUCAGCUACAGUUGUUUUCAUGGUUAUCAGAUGUCCAUACCUGCAGUGUUAACCUGUGAGGGAAAUGGAACUUGGACAGGAGAGGUUCCACAGUGUCUGCCUGUCCUGUGUGGGGAUCCUGGUUCUCCUGGAGGAGGAUUCAGAGAGGGGAACUUCUUCUCAUACGGGUCAGAGGUCAGGUUUUACUGCCAUGCUCCCUACGUGCUGGUGGGCUCUGCCUCCAGACUCUGUCAAGCGGAUGGGCUUUGGAGUGGACAACAACCAACAUGUAUAGACCCAGCCUUCAACAGUUGUCGUGAUCCGGGAACUCCAGCCUACGGCGUUCCGAUCAUGGCCCAGGGAUUUCAGGUGGGCAGUAAGAUUUCUUUCAAGUGCCGUAAGAACUACCAUAUCCUCGGCUCGACAACAAGAACUUGCUUGGAAAACCUAACUUGGAGUGGAACUCAACCUGAAUGCAUAGCUCAUUCCUGUCGACAGCCAGAAACCCCCGGUAACGUGGAUGUUCGAGCUAUGGACCUGCCAACUUUAGGAUAUACGCUGAUAUACACCUGUCAAGAAGGUUUUUAUCUGUCUGGGGGAUCAGAGCACAGAACCUGCAAAAGUGAUGGAAGAUGGACAGGGAAACCACCUCUCUGUAAAGUUGGAGUGAAAGUAAAUCCCAAAGGCAGAGGGGAGUCAGACGUACAGAAGAAUAAAAUUUGUGUUCCAGCAGAUGUCUUCUCUCCAAACUCUGAGUGGAGUGGUUUCUACGAAUAUUUAGGGAAGAGACAGACCACCACGUUUGCAGUUACUGGCUUCAAUGCUACCAGUGGCAGAGUGAACGUCACAUUGCUGGAGACCAGCGGAGUGUCGAUCAGACUGUCAGGUACCUAUAAGUCAGAGGAAAACCAGCUUCUGCUGAAGGUCUACCAGGUGAAGGGGCCAACAGAGUAUUACUACAGCAAGUUUAAAAAUGACAACUGGGCCAUGGAUGGAUAUGUCACAGCAGAGUCUGACCAGAAGACCUUUGUCUACCAGGGACACAUUCACAGUAAAGAUUUUGGCAAGUUCUCUCUGACGAGGCAAGGUCCUGUAACCACAGCGAUGAAUCCAUCAAACCCGUACACCAACAGCAGCUCUGUGGCAGCAGCCAUUUUAGUUCCCUUCUUUGCCCUCAUCCUCUCUGGGUUUGCCUUCUACCUCUACAAGCACAGGACCCGUCCAAAGGUCCAAUUCAAUGGCUACGUGGGCCAUGAGAGCUCCAAUGGUCAGGCAUCAUUUGAAAAUCCAAUGUAUGACACCAACAUGAAGCCCACAGAGGCUAAGGCAGUUCGAUUUGAUACCACCCUGAACACAGUCUGCACUGUGGUGUAGUCCGGCAAACCUGUCGCCUCCUGUAAAGUGGUUCAUGCCACCUCCAUGUGGCAGUCUGCUGAGUGGUGUAACUAAAUGAGAAAGAGAACAAACCUAAUAUCUGGACUUGUCACCAUGAGCAGCCUUUGUGUAACAUGCUGGUGCCCUGCCAGCAUAAUCUUCACAGUAAUGCAGCUCCACUCCACUUCCUUCCAGUAUGACGGCAUUACUCAGCUCUGGUCUGAGGGAGAAAGACAAAAAAGAUAGCUGACACCAAGAAGAAAAGGCAGUAAACCAUGACUUCAUCAAAUGACAUAAAGGCUGAUGUCAGGAGAUUACUGCUUCAAUUACAGUUGUUUUUAGGCACUGUUGUAUUUCAGGCAUGUACAGAUGGUAUAAUUAGUUGAACUGCCGCUAAGAGCAUGCUCAUCAAGUUUCAACUUUUAAAAGGUUGCCCUUACUUCCUUGUGGAAAAGGCUCUGGAGUGAGGGUCAUAUAGCUCUUUAAUACUGACUAUAAAUGAGAAGCAGUUAUUUCCAAUAUCAGCCCACACUUCUAUGUCAAAUUUGCACAUAUAGGCUUAUGAACUCCCCUGCUGCAGGCCAGAUAUGGGUUUGACCAACGUGAGAUUUCACCCUCAGGGGAAGCACAUAAACUAGUCAGCCUCACAUACCCUUGCAGACCUUAGACGGAUCCUGUAUGUAACCUGAGUUAACAACUGGUGCUGGACCAAAAUCAUCCCAUUGGCCUUCCAUCAUUCUGGAUUUGCCAGAACUGAACUAUUGGACACAAUGAACCACUUACACCUCAUAUGGGUUCAACAGAUUUGCAUUACUUUAAAAACCAAAUGCAGUGAUACGAUCAACCAGGCCACUUGGUUUAAAGGAAAUGUAAUAUUAACCUGGUCAACGUUUGGUGAACAAAGCAGGGUAAGGUGAGAGUUGUAGAUACGUUUGAAAAUGUUUUAGCCUAUUUAGAGAGCUGAACGACGAGCAGGACAAUCACAAAGCUAGGUACGUUUAGUUGACAGACAUUUCUUAAAUGGGUUCUUGUAACUUUCAAUACUUUAUGACACUUUUAUGCCUUUUAUGAGAACACCAUAGUACGCUGCAGCUGAAUAGGCUAAAACAUGGCAAAUCAAGCCUUUCUAAACAAUGUUUUCCAAAGGUUUUGAAUCGACACCAAGUGUUAUCCCAAGGUAUAUGAUUAUUCAGCACAUCCAGAUGUAACAAGAAGGUAGUGAAUAACAAUAUGAGUCCUACACAGAGUUCCAUUGUAGCAGAAGGCAGACUGGGUUGAAACAUAAAACCAGUGAAUUGUGUUGCCCCGUCUUCACAGACUGUGGACUGGUUUCCAGAAGCUUGUCAAACACAAUCAAACAUUUGUAUUCCUGGACUUGCCACAAUUCUGUACUUGGUGACUUAACAAGUGGAAACCUGGAGGCAAUAAGCUGUCAGGAUUGUCAACUGCAGCAAUCAACUGUGCCCAAAUCCAGGAAAUGAUUUGUUCUCUUGUAACUCGGGUCCGGACUAUCAGCCGUGAGAUGACUGAUUCCUUUUCUACGCUGCACUCUCCAGCCACAAAAUCCGAAAUAGGAUAAACUGAUUUGCAGACAGACUGGCUGACUGACAGCAACUGGACAAAGGGACAAAGACAAAAAAAAAAAGUGCAGUUAGUCACUGUUGUCUGUCAAACUAACUAUAAAAGAGACAUGAACAUGUUAGAGUGGGAACAGAGACAUUAAGAUGUCUCUAAUUGUCUCUUCUGGCAUUUUUCUUCAGUGAAGAUAUUGAUGAACAGACUCGUAUGUUCAAAAUCCCAGCGGCUCAUUGGGACUUCCCAAACCAUAGCUGCUGGGGACGCUAAAAUAUAAAGUUUAUAUGAAUCGCACAAAUUUUGCACUAGUGUUAUUUUAUUUUAUUUUUAUUUUUUUGUUAUUUCUUUCAUUUAGGUAAAGGGAAUGAAGAGAGUUUUUGGGGACAGAAAUGGGUUUGCUAAAGGGGUCAUUUGGAAUAAAAAAAAUAAUUUUAACUCAAAAGCUUCUAUCUUUAAAAAAGACAAUAUGACUAAAUACAGGGUUACAGUGUGUUUGUAUAUACACGUUUAAAUUUCUCACUCUCUGUUAGCAGGUGUUUAUUUCAUACCAAUCAUGCUAGCCAACCAGAGUCAUGGGAACACUACUCAAGUUAAAAUCUGAAAUAGAGUGGAAAUGUCAAUUUUUAGCUAUUUCUGAAAGCUUUUACUUGCUACAGUGUAAUUGGUAGAAGAAACAACUAGAGAACAUCACACUUGUUAAAAACUAGUUGCAAUAAUUUGCAGUUCUCUUUCUAAAGAAUAGUAAUUUACUGAAUUAGCCAUUCUUCCAAAAAAUGUUGACAACUUCAAGUAUUAGCUUUCAGAAUGGCUAUUCCUGUAACUAUCUUUAAAAGUCUCACAUUUCUUUCCACUACUGUUGUGUGCAUCCUCUCAACACUUUACAUGGUGCACACAGUCUUGUUUCAAUUGCCUUUUCAGAGAGCACAGUUUGUCUUUAGUUUUAAAAGCGUUCAGUGGUGAAACAAGUUCAUAAGGAAGGCCAAAUGCACACAUUUAGGGUUGUCAAAAAUAUUAUAUAAUUUAUGAAAUACCUCAUCAGCAGAAACUGAAUUAAAUCCUUCUUUAUAAAUGCUGGUAUAUCACUGUAACAAAUACACAAGCUUAAGGAAGGCAAACUUGCCCCACCCUUAUUUCCGGGAAAUUUAAGUCAAAAUGUUGCUCUGACAGCCAGAAGUCUGUAAGACCCAAGAAAAUUAAUCAGUUUCAAACACCAAGCUUGUUAUUUCUUGCAGUGUUUCCUCAAAACACUUUUAUAUUUUUGAACGAUGCUGCACUUGGUUUAGGUAACAGAUUUAACUGCUUUCAGUGUCUGUCCAUUGUUGUUUGCAGGGCUUGUUUCAUGCCUCACACACAGCAUUCUGAAAUUAUUUUUUACACAUCCACCAUUUGCUUUAAAGCCUCGUGUUUCGCUUUAGUGUUUUCCAUGUUUUUGUAACCACUAUCCACAGCACAUCUACUAAAACAUCCCAUAAAGUUGUGUUCAUGCGUACAUAGAAUAAGGACAUGCAAAUAGGAGAGCUUCCAACAGACAAAAUUAUAUUCUCUACCUAAUGUGCAAUAUUUCUUGCAGAGGCCAGUUUUAUUGAAAGUAGCUGAUUUUUCUGAAGAACCCAUAUAUCCAAAAAGUCUGCAUGAGAACAUUGUCAAAACUGUGGUUUUCAGCUCAUUUACUGGAAAAUGACUUUGUCCAAGACCGGAAGGCUUCACAUAAAAUGCAGAAAAACAAUAAUGAUUGUGUUUGAAACCAUAAAUACAUGCUAUUGUUUUAUGUAAAACAACCAUUGUCAUGCAACGAUAGGGGGUGGGGGGGGGGGGUGAAGAGCAGCACAGUUCAGCAAGGUAGAUGACAUAUUCAGUAUUUUGAUGCAGGAAUAAAUAAGACAUCUGUAAACAACAGUGGAGUGUCUGCUCCCAGCCAUGAGCUACAUCUCUUCUUUCUUUUUUUUAAUUGCUAGAGAGCUUUCUGUGCUUCUGGUUUUAAUUGAUUUGAUUAAUUCAGCGUAGAUUUCCUAUGGAGUCAAGAGUGCAUAAUAGAGCCUGAAAAUUAGAGGUUGGUUUCCAAAACCGUAUUAAAAGGUCUAGUUUUAUAAUUACAGACAGGGAUCUGAUCUCCUAGUGUGCCUGAAAGAGAAAAUUUAGACUGUUUUGUUUAUUCAGGCAUGUCACAAUGUAACUGCUCUACAGAGGUUAGAUCUGGCAUCCCCCAUGCCCACAAAACUACAGCAGAAUGCAAAAUGUGAUUUUGCACAGAUGCUGAGCUUCCUGCGCAACUGUCAAGUCUUUAUAAUAUUUCUAUAAGCGCACUUGAAAGCACGCUGAGCUCAAUUUUCUGAGUGUCAGAACAGGAUAUUCCACCCACUAACGUUUCAAUAUUUCCCCUGAUAACCAGGUCUGUAGUGACGGAUGUCGUUUGCCAUUUGACUUCAUUUUGUUAUAAAAACACAGUUCCCUAACAGAUUUCCUGGUGCAUUCCUAAAUGGAACGUGUGCCCAGUUACCUCUAAAGAUGUGCCCGAGUGAGACGGAAGUCUGAACAGAAAAGCAAGUGAGACCAUAGACACAUCAAGAGAUUGUAGAAAUCCCACUGUGGGUUAACACUAAGAGCCAUUCUAACUGAGUAUAUAUUUUCAUCUUUACAAAAUGUUCCCAAUACUGUUAGGUUCAAAUUAUUCAAACCCCUGGUGGAUUUACAAUUAAAGUUAUUUUUGUUCAUCCAAACAGUUUGUUUCUGAUAACAAAAAAAAAAAUCACUGCUGACUCUGAAAAUAAAAUUAGAAAAGUUAUGAUUUUUUAAAUGGGACUGGGACAAAAGACUUAUCUCUGAGGAAUUCCACAGAUGAUAGUGUAACUACUGGAUUUGGAUUUUCCAAAGACAUUUAUUCUUUCCAGCUUGUGAGCUUGUGAGAAUAUGAACCACUUUAGAACAGUGUGACUAUUCCAAUGAUGUGAUGGAGCUGGUUUAUGAGGAACGUGUGGUCAAUGGUGUCGGAAGCUGCAGACAAAUCAAGGAGGAUGAGGAUGAAGGGUGAAUCGGUAUCUACUUCCAUCAUCAGGUUAUACUUGACUUUGACCAGUGCUGUUUUGGUGCUGUGCAGAGACUAGGGAUGGGGCAGAUCCAGUAUCAGUAUUGGGCUUCAAUACCAAAGUUUUUUACGUUGGUAUUCUGAUCCAACCCGAGGUUAUUUCUGAUCCUUAAGCUGCGUCUGUGCUUUAAUGUUUUCUGCCAGAAAGUCUCCAGAGUCUCUGGUAGCUCAGGCGGCAGGAAUCACACCUGGAGUCAUUCAAAACACAAGGUAAACGUGACAGCUAUCAUCAUCAUGAGGUUACUGUAAAUGUUUACACUCAACAUUGAUAGUAACUCCCCUAUUGCAUUGUUUAUAACAUUUGAAAGCCUAUGAUUUGUUGUCAGUAUACUCUAUGUGCCGAAGCAACCCUUUAAAUUUGAUUUGGGGCAGAGAGCGUUAGAUAAUAAUAAUAAUCUGUUUUUUGUUUUCCACUUUACAUGUGGUUUACAUAUCUCAAAUUGCUACAAUUAAGAGGGUAAAGAAGACAAAACUAAAGUAGAUAAAAAAAGAAGUCAGAAGUGAUUAAAAUAUAGUUAGGUUAAAAUCUUGAACAGCAGGGAAAUUUUAACCUGACUCUCGCCAGAUGGAUUUCAUUCCACAGAGAUCCACACAUCCAUCUAGGAUUGCUCCAAUUUUGAGAUGUAUUUCAGCAAGAGGGGCCUUAUCAAAAAUCCUUGCAUAUGACUGGAUAAACCACUUGUCCAUCAUCUUUACUGACGUGCUACUUCAACAACUCACAUUGAAACCAACAUAGAAGCCAUUGUUUCCACUAAUAAAAGCCUUCAAAGCCACUCUCUGAUGUUCUUUUAAAGAAUUUAUAUUCAGUAGAUUGGACAACACUGUUGAAAUAGCAGCAUCAAUGUUACCAGGUGACCAGAUUUCUCUAAUGAAAACCGGGGACAUCUCUGGUUUUGCUAAGCGGGCGGGCACAGUCUCUGUCAGGGAGUUAGUUUGUUAUGCCCGAUCUGCUAUGUUGAUGAGGCGGGGAAGGCGAGUUCGGCUCAGCUCUUCUACUACACCAGGACAGUGGCAGGACAGGGUAAAUACCUCUUGCUGCUUAGUUGUUUUUUUACUCUAUCAUGACACACCGAAAUUGGGACAUUUCCGGGGACAGCUUUUCCUGGGGACAGGUCAUCCAAAACGGGGAUUCGGGGACGUCUGGUUACCCUUGC